AACUUCAAAACCCCACCCUUAGAAUUCCAAGUUCUCUUCAAUGACCAAACAGACAAUGAUUUUAACACUCUUUUUAAACUUUUUAAAACCCUGUCAUUCAUAUCAAAAUUAUUUGCAAGCUGGAAGUGCCUGUUUCUUAAAUGGCCAGAGCGUGAAGAAGUUAUUGGAGGUGCAUUUAAUGGCUAUAUAAUUACUUGUCGUAGGGAUUGGUAUCUUUUAUGUUUCCAGACACCUGCUGGGUUACUUUAUCAGUUAUGGGGGGAUUCCCUCAGAGACAUGGCUAAAUUGGGAGUGAUAAGUGAAGAAAAAGUAGACACCUUCAAUUUGCCUUUGUACUAUUCUUCCCCAAAGGAGUUAGAGGAAAUUAUUAAGAGAAAUGGGCAUUUUAGUAUUGAAAAUUUACACGUUUCAGGUCGUCCAGUGAAAUAUGAUCCAGAGACCUUAUGA